AUGUGCGGGGCCGCGGCCCUUCCGCGGGGCGGGGCGGGGCGGGGCGGGGCUCCUCUGUCACGGGAGCCCGGGCCGUUCUCCCCACACGCGUGUGCCGCGGUCGGCGCAGCGCGGCUCGCAGCGGCCUGGCUCCGCGGGCGGCUCAGACAGCUCUGCCCAGCCUGCCUCAGGAUGGAGUCCCUCCCUGAAGCAGUGCUGAUCCGAAUCCUGGCUUCCCUACCCGCGGUGGAGCUGGUGCUGGCGUGCCGCCUGGUCUGCUGCCAGUGGAAGAACCUGGUUGAUGGAGCUGCACUUUGGAUCCUGAAGUGUCAGCAGGAAGGCCUCACCAGAGCAGAGUCAGAUACAGAGAACUGGCAAAGCUUCUACUUCCUGAGUAAGAAAAGGAAGAAUCUCAUCAAGAACCCAUGUGGUGAAGAAGACUUGGAGCACUGGGGAGAGGUAGAGAAUGGAGGUGAUGGCUGGAAAAUUGAAGAGCUCCCAGGGGACUUUGGAAAAGAAUUUCCUAGUGAAGAAGUCCAUAAAUACUUUGUUACAUCUUAUGAGUGGUGUCGAAAGGCUCAGGUCAUUGACCUUAGGGCUGAGGGCUACUGGGAAGAGCUGAUGGAUACAACCCAGCCUAAAAUCAUGGUAAGAGACUGGUAUGCAGGACGCAGAGAUGCUGGCUGCCUCUAUGAGCUGUGUGUGAAGCUGCUCUCUGACAAUGAGGAUGUGCUGGCUGAGUACAAAAGUGAGACUGUCACCAUCCCACAGGAAAAUGAUGCCAACUGGACUGAGAUCUCCCACACCUUUUCCAACUACGGGCCUGGGGUCCGUUUUGUCCGCUUUGAACACGGUGGCCAGGACACGCUGUUCUGGAAGGGAUGGUACGGUGUCCGUGUCACCAACAGCAGUGUGACAGUAGAGCCAUAGCUGUGCUGGACCAGGAUCUGCAUGCUGCAGUUGGCUUCCCUCAGGGCAUCCCCUAGCCUUUGGAUGGUUUCUGCAUGGUGCUGCUUCUGGCUAUAUGGCCUUUCUGCAUAGGAACAUGUGUGCAAGAUGCCAGGAGCCACCACCCAUCCUUCCUCAAGAGGACUAUGCAAAGAAUGUGAAUGAAUUUGUGAAUGCACCACAAGACUCAGCCUCAUCACUUGCACUGAUGUUCUCUGUCAGGAGAUCAUCUAAAAGUCCUACAGACCUCCUCUCUUAAGACUCUAAUCCUUAGCAGCCAGCCUGAGUCAGCUGUCUCUGCUGCCUGCUUCCCUGACUUGGGCACUCCUUAACUUGAAGGGAUACUUUAAGUAUAUUUUCUGGAAGUUAGAGUGGGAAGAAAAGAAUAAGGAGAACCACAGACCCUGUGUCUCUAAACAUACCAGGGAAACCCAGAACCCUGUCCCCAGCUGUUUCCAUGACCUGCAGUGAGAACCUUGGCUUCUUCCAUUUAUAAAAAGGUAACAUCGUUUACCUUUUGUUUACCUGUUGUUUACAGAGGGGCUCUAGCUUGGCUGUCAAUACUAUUAGUUUAAUUUUUAGUGAUAAUGCAAAACAAGAGAGGGUGAAUCCUUUUCUCUUACACUGUUCCCAGCAUCCAUUUAUCAAGGGGAGUGUUGGGAAGAGCAAGCUGUCUGGUGUCCAGCCCUGGGGCUUCAUUUGGCUCCCUCAGAGAGAUGGCACCUGAGAGAAACUGCUGGCAGAGAGAGAGAGAUGACAACAACUUAGGGAGCUGGGUUAGAAAAAAUUUGGGAUAGGGUCCCAGACACAAAUGAAAACAAACUCAUUUACCCCUUCCUGGCCUCUGCAUGCUUCAUGCAACAAGCAUCCUGGUGAUCCAGUGUGACUCUGCUAGCAGGACACAGAAAGCUGUUGUCCUCACUCCACCUCUGACCAUGUCUGCAAUAAGUACACCUCUGCCUCUGCCAUGUGCUUGCUGACAAGACAGCGCUUCAGUCUCCCACCUGAGCUUCUUGAUACCACUCAGGGCUGUGUGCCCCAUCCUGAACAGACCCCCUAAACUUUCCUGAACCAAGACUGUCCCUGCUAGUUACUCCACUAAGAGCAUCCCCUAACAGAGCUGGUGUUGCCUAAAGAAAGUAUUUAUGUUUUUGUGUCCAUGUGUUUGUCUUCCCUCCCUGGGCUGCCAUUUAAGUGCCCCCUUACACAUGUAGUGGCUGCUACUGCCUGCAGCCAGAGGAAGGAGCUUCCCACCUGGACACUGUGCAUGCUACUUCCUCAGGCUUUCUGCACAACUGCACCCGGGUGCCACACACACGCCUGAGUCCAGGCAAACGUAAUAAAGUGACACAACUGUG